AUGACGGAUUUUGCACUUGCAAAUAUGGCUGGGCAGGGGAUAGAUGUGACACAUGUGCUGAUAAAUACUUUGGAAACAUGUGCAACAGAAAAUGCAAUAGUAACUGCGAAGCAUGUACUGCGGAAUAUAACUGUUCCCUUUGCAUACCUGGACGUUAUGGUGAUUACUGUCAAUUCAAAUGUGGGAAAGGCUGCAAACAUGACAAGUGUGAUUUUAAAUCAGGAUAUUGCCAUUGCAAGAAUGAUAAUUUCAUUACAGGAUAUUGUCAUGAUUGUAAAUCCGGACAAUAUGGUCAAACGUGUGAGCAGACGUGUCUACAGACGUGUAAUACAUGCGAACACGAGUCUUAUUGUCUUUCCUGCCAAAGGGGAUAUUUUGGGAUAUCCUGUAAAAUACCAUGUCCUGAUGGGUGCGAAGGUAACAAUUGCAAACAGGAAACUGGAUCAUGUAUUUCAUGCAAACGCGGUCAUUGAAACAGUAGCGGAAACACAAACAUCGUCAGCUGCAGCACUUGGAGGAGGAAUCGGUGUAGGAGUUGUAGCUCUUGCUGCCAUUGUUGUUGUUGGACUCAUUUUGCUGAGAAGAAGAAGAGUCAAUAUGAGCAACAGAAGAAAAACACCUGAAAAAGAACCUGAGAACCUUUCCGCCCUGUACGCAACGGUGAACAAACGAAGAGCAUCCCACGUAGAGAACGCCAAUGACGAUUCCGACAAUUCGCACUCUGUUACCUUCAUAGAAAACCACAAUUACCAGAGUCCACCACCGAAGAGGUCUGUCAAAGAAAGGACUCCUAUCUUUUCAGAAGACAAUCUUGAAAUUGACGAAGAUGAUGCCUCUGCAAGGGAAAUUGCAGUCAAAUUUGAGGAAAAUGGUGGUGUUUAUUAUAACAACGCUAACGAAGUCGGCAAAUUCAAAAUACAUGUUGCAGAUCUACAAGAAUAUGUGCAAAAUUUAUCUUCGAAGCACACAGAAGAAGAAUUUAAGAAAAUUCCAUAUGGUCUUGUGAAAGCUUAUGAAGUUUCACAAACCAAACUCAACAUGCACAAAAAUAGGUACAGAGGAAUCUACCCGUAUGAUGAUACGCGAGUCUUAGUUCGUAAUGGAGUAACAGACUACAUUAAUGCAAGCUAUAUAGACGGAUACAGAAAGCGGAAUGCAUACAUUGCUACCUUGGGUCCAAUGGAUAAGCAGCUUAGCGAUUUUGGCCAAUUCUGGCGAAUGGUCUGGCAACAGGAAGUGGAGAAGAUUGUCAUGGUGACAAACUUGGACGAGGGUAAGAAAACCAAAUGCGAGCAAUAUUGGCCCGACCAAUAUCAAAGUAAACUAUACGGUGAUAUAGAAGUAGUGUGUAAGGUUGAAAAAAAUUACGCAGACUUUAUCUGGAGACAAUUCACGCUUUCUAAGAAUUCCGAAGAAAGAAAGUUGCAUCAUCUUCAGUUCACUAGCUGGCCAGACAAGGACAUCCCUGACGACGUCACAUCAGUUAUAGAGUUUAGACAGAGAGUAAAUGCCUUGCCGAGUACCUUUAACGGACCAGUAGUUGUGCAUUGCAGUUCUGGCGUAGGAAGAACGGGAACCUAUAUAGCUUUAGACAUUCUCACAAAAGAGGGUGAGACAGAAGGAGCUAUAGAUAUCCCGGGAUGUGUUCUCAACAUGAGACAGAACAGACCCAACAUGAUCCAGACCUUGAGUCAAUACCAGUAUCUUCACCAAGCCCUGGUCCAUACAUUGACUCUUGAUUGUUCGUUGAUAAGAAGAGAACACUUCAGUGAAUAUAUGGAGAAAUCAAGUAAACAGGAGAUACAGAGGCAGUUUCAGAAAAUGCAAUUGAGUCAUGAGAAAAAGUCGGAUAAGGAAUUACAGGCCAUUGCAAUGAAUCGACAGCUGACAAAGAAGAACAGGAAACACUCGGAUAUACCAGGUGAUUCCAACAGACCGCAUCUUAAACUGUUUUUAAAAGCAGGGGAGUCUGAUUACAUCAAUGCGAUAUACAUCAACAGUUUAAAAACAAAACAACGCUUCUUGGUUGCGCAAACACCUCUGCCGGACACAGUUGCUGAUUUCAUUGCACUUGCUGUUCAAGAAAACUGUUCAUGUAUCGUUAGUAUGGAGGCACACAUGGAAAAGCAUAAGGGGAUUGGCUUAUACUUUCCAAGUGACAAUCAAACAAUGAAGAAGGGUAAGGUUUCCGUUCGAUCCAUCACAGAUCAAAGUGCAAGACACUUUGUGAAAAGAAAACUGCGUAUCGAACUAGAAGGAAAGACCAAGAAAGAUGUGACGAUUCCACACUAUGAAUAUUUGGAAUGGGAUACAAAACACAAUGUUCCGAAGUUUCCAGAACUCUUUGUUGCCUUCAUCAAAGAGGUUGAAGACGUAUCCAACGCAUCUCAAUUGAAGGGACCGAUACUGUUGCACUGUCUAAACGGUGCUGGAAAGAGCGGCCUUUUUUGUGUUGUCUCGACAUUACUUCAACAACUGAGUGAUGAUAAUGAAGUCUGUGUGGUCAAUGCGGUACAGAAAGUCAGAGCUAGAAGACCGCUUGCUAUUCCAAAUAAGGAACAGUUUUUCUUCUGCUACGAGUGUGUUCUCCAUUCCGUGAACGCAGCAGAUAACGCUGUGUAUUACAACAUAAGUGGGGAUAUCCAGAGGGAAUGAACGAUUCGACCAUCUCGGAACAAUGGCGCACGUAUGGUUACCAUUGACACGAAGACAUGAAUAUACAUACAUUUAAUAGGCAUAUGAUGAAAUAUUAAGUCACAAGGUGAAGACAUGAUGACAAUUAUUUCAACGGUCUUUUAUUGCAAUGCUGUAUCACCUUUAUGCAGAACACGAGUAUUUCACCUGCCAAUAUAAACAUAAACAUUGCAUUGUAAAUCUCCUUGUAAUUAGUUGCAUGUUGUUAUGCUUUUAUUAAUUUUACCAUAGUGUAUACUGUUGUUGUUUUUUUUUGUUUUUUGAUGAGUUGUAUAUUAGAACUUUUUUGAUAUAUUAAAUGAUUGAAUUGUACAUAACUUUUAUCAUUAUGUUACUAUAGAUAUACUUAUAUUCCAUUUUGUUUGCGUUGCCCUUAUACAUUUAGCUUUGAAUACACAUUAUAUUUGAAAUUUGAAUAACAAUGUCAUAACGAUUUAUUUUUUAAUAAUUUCUGUAAUAAAUCGAGCUUAAAGUAUGAUUGUAGGUGUUGUAAGCGUUAAUAAGAAAAAGAGCAUUUGUUUUGAAUUUUCGUCAGAGUUUUCUUUUUAAACUUAAAAUGUGUUUAGUUUUAUGAGUAGAUUGGCACGUAAUUUUAUUUAUAUAUUUUGCAUUUUAUGGAACAUGUACACCUGCAUAUUUCUGGUAUGUAGUACUGUUGCUUAGUAUGUCAUAUAAAUUUGUAUAGAAGCCUUUUUUUAUUUUGGAAAAAUAUUAUUCACCUGAUAUCCUUCAUUUUCUUAAAACUUGCAUUAGCCCAAAUCAUGAACUAGAAAUGAUUUGUAUGAUUAAAUAACCGAUAUAUAGACAGUCAUAGAUGACGCCAAAUAUAGAUCAUAUUCACUAGGGUUUUCUCAUAAAUCUGAUCAAAAUAAAGAAUAUCAGUUUUCUUUUCAUAUUUUUCCAAAAUGAAACUGGAACCAAUUAACCAGAUUAUUAAACCUGAUCAUGACAAAGAAUGCCAUUUAAAUAAUAAAUUCACUGUUUGUGAGGUUUGAAUCUUAAUUUUCUUUUCAUAUUUAUUUUUGGUUCCCAACUUAAACGUGAACCAUUUUAUUUGAAAAAAAUCUGGUUUGAUUCCAUUUUUUUCUUCACACCUUAUUUGUUCGUGGGUUUAAACGGGGACCAAUCCAUUGACUUUUCCGGAAUCAAUUGUCUACUUGUUGUCAAAGUUAACUUGACAAUGUAAUCAGAAUAUUGCCAUACUUUUUGAUUGUGUUAUGGCUUAGUAUGUUGAUUUUCCAAUUCGGAGAUUUGGGACAACUAGGAUCUAUUUUCGAAAUAAUUUUACAAAUUUAUUUUGUAUUUACAUAAUAAGGGUAUAUUCAUUGAUAUGCUUGAUCAAUCGCACAUCAUUGGAGCAUUCCAUUUGUAUUUCAGUUCUUCCAAUAAACGUUCUCUUCCUGUGUUAUGUUUUAGUUACAUUGAAGAUAAAAUUGUAAAGCAAACCAACAACUAUUGUUGUUUGAAUUACAGAAUAUCACAACCAGCCCUUUG